GCCUGCUCACAACCUUACAACCAUUGAUUUUACUACGUCUGUACUUAACAAAAUGGAUACAUUAAUUCCUAAUGAUUAUGUGCACAUUACCGGUGGUAAAGAUCUAAAUAUUACUACAGGAAUUCCUUGUAAGAUAACACACGAUGGGUACUAUUUAGAUAAUGGAGGAAGAAAUCAUGGUUCAUAUGUUAAUCUAAAUUGGCAAUCUUAUUACCGAAAUUACAAUUAUUCAAGGCAAAUAUGGUUUUUUGAAGAAAUGUCAAAUCCUAGAAUAUAUAGAAUUUCCAUUGAUGGAAAUUAUUUAGAUACCUUUGAAGGAGAAAAUAAUUCAGAAUGUCGUAUGAGUAAAAAACAUCAUCAUGAUAGCCUUUAUUAUUCAAGACAAUUAUGGACAUUUUUAAAUCAAGUUAUUUCAGAAUCAGGAAAAGUACAAAUACAAAACAUUUCGAAUAAAUGUUACUUGGAUACUUGGGGUCAAUAUUCAACAGUGCGCUUUUAUUCUUAUUUUACCAAGCCAGAUAAAGAUUUUUACUCAAGCCAGUUAUGGAAAUUUGAAAUUGCCGAUUAUAAACUUAAAGCUGAUACUGAAAAUUUUAAGUACGACAAAAAGAUUACUGAUUUAGAUUCUUAUGCAACUAAAGUUCCUUUUAUUAUUUUUGAUUCAAGAAAUAGAGAUAUCUUUUUAGAUAAACUUGAUGUUGAUAUAAAAGCUGAAUAUGUUGGUGUAAAAGGAAAUUUACCUGAAAUUAUCGAGUGGGAUAAUAAAAACACUUCUUUAGAAACUAUUAAAAAAGUACAAUUAGAUGAGAUUAAUAUUUCUGGAAAAUAUUUAACAAAAAUUAAAGGAUUUUCAGAUCGUCUAAGGAAAGAUGGAUCUAUAGCAACUAUGGAGCAAGUAGAUAUCAAUGUUGUAUUAUGUUUCUUAAGAAAUUCUGGCUUCGAAGGAACAUAUUUUGGCACAAAAGGAAAAGAGUUUGAGUUGAAAUUACCGGUAAUGCCAAUAUUCAAGGUGCCUUAA